CUUGCUAACCUGGCUCGUUAGCCAACCUAGCUAUCAGUGCCACCAAGUCAACGCAUACUGUUAAUGCUCUAAUGAUACUUGUCCAGUUGACCUGAAUGCGCUGCUUGUCCCUGUGAUGCCGUGUUUAUCUGCCGGAUGUUAGUACUUUAACCGGAUUAACUAGUUAUCGCCAGCUAGUAAGCUAACAAUGGCAUUGUGAUGUUGGAAAUUAUUACUAUGGUCAAGGGCAUCCCAUGAAGCCCCACCGAAUCCGCAUGACACACAACCUGUUGCUCAACUAUGGCCUCUACAGAAAGAUGGAGAUAUAUCGUCCACACAAAGCCAGUGGAGAGGAGAUGACCAAGUAUCAUAGUGACGAUUACAUCAAAUUCCUGCGUUCAAUCCGACCAGACAACAUGUCAGAGUACAGCAAGCAAAUGCAGAGAUUUAAUGUGGGAGAGGACUGUCCAGUGUUUGACGGUUUGUUUGAGUUCUGCCAGCUCUCAGCGGGGGGCUCUGUUGCCGGUGCUGUGAAGUUGAACAAACAGCAGACGGACAUCGCCAUCAACUGGGCUGGGGGUCUGCAUCACGCCAAGAAGUCUGAGGCCUCUGGGUUUUGUUACGUCAACGACAUUGUUCUGGCUAUUCUAGAGUUACUGAAAUACCACCAGAGAGUUUUGUACAUAGAUAUUGACAUCCAUCAUGGAGAUGGUGUGGAGGAGGCCUUUUACACCACAGACCGUGUUAUGACUGUGUCUUUCCACAAGUACGGAGAGUACUUCCCUGGCACAGGUGACCUAAGGGACAUUGGGGCUGGGAAGGGUAAAUAUUAUGCUGUGAAUUAUCCACUGAGGGACGGGAUUGACGAUGAGUCUUAUGAAGCCAUAUUCAAACCUAUCAUGGCUAAAGUGAUGGAGAUGUACCAACCUAGCGCAGUGGUUCUGCAGUGUGGAGCUGAUUCUCUGUCAGGAGACCGGCUCGGCUGCUUCAACCUCACCAUUAAAGGCCACGCCAAGUGUGUGGAGUACAUAAAAGGCUUCAACCUGCCACUGCUAAUGCUGGGUGGAGGAGGCUACACCAUCCGCAACGUGGCACGCUGCUGGACGUAUGAAACUGCUGUAGCCCUAGAUUCCUCCAUCCCUAAUGAGCUCCCGUACAACGACUACUUUGAGUACUUUGGCCCAGACUUCAAACUACACAUCAGCCCCUCCAACAUGACCAAUCAGAACACCACUGACUACCUGGAGAAGAUCAAGCAACGUUUGUUUGAAAACUUGCGCAUGCUGCCUCAUGCCCCGGGAGUUCAGAUGCAGGCCAUUCCAGAGGACACUGUGCAGGAGGACAGCGGAGACGAGGAGGAGGAUGACCCCAACAAACGUAUCUCCAUCCGUGCUCAUGACAAGAGAAUAGCAUGCGAAGAGGAGUUCUCGGACUCCGAGGAUGAGGGUGAAGGAGGCCGCAGAAAUGCAGCCAGCUUCAAGAAGGCCAAGCGAGCCAAAACCGAAGGAGACAAAGAGGGAGAAGAAAAAGAGAAGAAAGAAGUAAAAGAAGAAGAUAAGGUACCAGAGGAAGAGAAAAUGGACACAUCAAAGCCAAAAGAGGAGUCCAAGACACCUUGAGGUCCCCAGCACCCAAUGAUGCCACUGCAGCUGAUCAUAAAUCCUAAAGCAAGAUUUCUAUUUUUAUUUUAUUUUUAUUUUUUUGAUCAAACAGCUCUUGAGGCUGCUGCUGUGCAAAUCAGUGAAGGACUAUACAUUUGUAAUGAGACAUCCUCUUCCUCAGAAUAAGACAAUGGUCUAAACUUCUUGUUGUUGGACACCUUUCCAACCUUGCUGUUUUUGGCCUGGAAGCCAAACUGUUUCAAGUCUCAUUUUGGUCCUGAAUAUUUUUAAGCUAUGCCACUUGCUUUUCCUGUGUGAAACAGUUCUGUAAAAAUGGUUUGGUACACAUGUAUGCUUUUAUAUACAUCUGGAUUUAAUUUAUUUAAAUCAUAGAUAUUUUGGCUACUCUGUCUUUCAGUCCUACUUUUGUCCUGUGCCUUUGUAGUUGAAGCAUGUUGUAGAGUAAUGCAAUUCUGUAAUGCAAUUGUGUCGCUGGUCGUGCCUGCUACGGUCACCGAGAGUGGCUAAGAGAGUUGUCUUGACCUAUAUCACUCGUACCUGGCACAGUGUAAAUAAAUUACAUUCUUUAUAUCAUAGGUUAUUAUAGUACAUGUCUUUUUCCUUUACUAUCACAAUGUUAAAUUUGUGUCCUCCUCCCUCGCAGUAUUGAAAUUGUCCUGUCACAACUGCUGGUGUCAGGCUUAAACUCCACUAAAAUGUUAAUGCCCGAUGUGCUGUGUAGUACGUUGGACAUUAGGUGAAGAUAAAUGCCAGAAUUCAGUCAGUUGGUCUGUAUAUUUGUAUUCUAAAAACCCAAGUAAAAGUGUUUCACAAGAGGUCACUGACCCCAGGUGUGUCUU